GAGAGUGAAACGAAAUCGAUUGGUUUGUGAGUGAGGGAGACGGAGAAGACGAAAGCGAUGGCUACAGACGUGCCGACGCAAUCUUACAGCGAGAAAUGGUAUUGGGAUGAUCGUUACACCAAUGAAUCUGAACCGUUCGAUUGGUAUCAGAAGUAUUCAUCUUUAGCUCCUCUCAUUAAUCUCUAUGUCCCUCACCGUGAUCAACGUGUCCUCGUCGUUGGCUGUGGAAACUCAGCGUUCAGCGAAGGAAUGGUGGAUGAUGGGUACGAAGAUGUUGUCAGUAUCGAUAUCUCCUCUGUGGUGAUUGAUUCCAUGAUUAAGAAACACUCUAAUCGUCCUCAGCUCAAAUAUUUGAAGAUGGAUGUGCGUGAUAUGAAGGCAUUUGAAGAUGCUUCCUUUGAUGCUGUUAUUGAUAAAGGAACCUUAGACUCCAUUUUGUGUGGGAGCAAUUCGAGGCAAUACUCAAGACAAAUGCUUGAGGAGGUUUGGAGGGUCCUCAGGGAUAAAGGAGUCUAUAUCCUGAUUACAUAUGGAGCUCCCAAUUACCGUCUUCAGCUGUUUAAAGAAACAUCUUGGACAACGAAACUCCAUGUUAUAGACAAAAGUUUAACCGAUCAACCGUUAGAAAUCCCAAAAUGGGAACUGACAAAACCUCUUCCUCUAGAUGAUGAGGGAAGUUCAGUGGAAUCUGCGAUUGGCAAAAGCCCUGAUGUCCAUUACAUCUACGUCUGUAUUAAGGAUGAGUCGUUGAAGAUGGAGGCGGCAGACGCAGCAUGAAGCCAUGGGAACCUUUAUUGUGCCAUUUUUGUCCUUUAAGGUCUUAUGUUUUGUUUAGCAUUUUGUUGUAUUUACUAUUUAUCUACAAAAUACAACAAAACUACAAAAGUAAGACGAUUAAUAUCUUGAGUUCAUGUUUACUCCGUAAUUAGAGGAGGACCAAAACUUUAAA